CAUUUCGUCACGUUUUUCAACCAACUCAUUCUGAGCAACAUUUCAAUUCGAUUGAAUCAUUCCUCGAAAGGUUUAUAUCAUUAUGAGAACCCAACCAUACCGAUGAGAAGGCCACUUCUCUUUCCAUUUUCCCACAGGUGCAUACCUACCAGACCCGAUCCUGCUUGAACUCCCACCCCCCUCACCCCCCGCCCAACCUUCUCUCCCCGUAACGACCUCCACACUCUACCGCCAUGGGUGUGAACGGCCUCUGGACGGUAAUCCAACCCUGCGCGCGGCCGACAAACCUUGCCACUCUCAACCGAAAACGACUCGCAGUCGAUGCGUCCAUCUGGAUCUAUCAGUUCCUCAAAGCCGUCCGUGACAAGGAGGGCCACGCGCUCCGCAACUCUCACGUCGUCGGCUUCUUCCGCCGCAUAUGCAAGCUCCUGUGGUUUGGCAUCCGACCCGUCUUCGUCUUCGAUGGCGGCGCCCCGGCCUUGAAGCGACAGACCAUCCUGGGCCGGAAACGUCGCCGCGAGGGCCGUCGCGAGGAUGCCGUCCGCACGGCGGGCAAGUUGCUCGCCGUACAGAUGCAGCGCAUUGCCGAGGAAAAAGCGGAGAAGAGGAGGCGGGAUGCGGAGAGGGGACUGAAUAAGGAACGCGCGAAUCCGGCAGAGGAAGAAGAGGAGGCCAUACCAAGCGCGGACAAGCUCGUGUACGAGGCCGAGGUGGGCAUGUCGCAGCAGGAGCGGCAAAGGACACGCAAGUUCCACAAGCAAGAUCAAUAUCAUCUGCCUGACCUCGAAGGUGACAUUUCCUCUAUGGCGCGGGCGGACGAUCCAAGGGUCAUGAGUGUGGAGGAGCUUGAGGAGUACGCCCGGCAGUUCAACAGCGGCGAGGAUAUCAAUCUCUACGACUUCAGUAAGAUCGAUUUUGACGGCGAGUUCUUCAAGAGCUUGCCAUCCGCCGAUCGGUACAAUAUUCUCAACGCUGCGCGACUGCGCAGCCGUCUGAGGAUGGGCUUGAGCAAGGAGCAGCUAGACGACAUGUUUCCGGAUCGCAUGGCUUUUUCGAAGUUUCAGAUCGAGAGAGUGCGAGAGCGAAACAACCUCACGCAAAGACUCAUGAAAGAGGCGGGCAUGAGUGGCCUUGAUCUUACCAUUACCGGGGGAGGGCGCAUCGCGGGCGAGAAGGAUCGCGAGUAUAUCCUGGUGAAGAACGAGGGUGCAGAAGGCGGAUGGGCUCUCGGGGUUGUUAGCAGGGACAAAGACAGAGGCGAGGCGCAUAAGCCCAUCGAUGUCGAUGCGUUGGAAUUUCAAUAUCAGAACAAGGACGAAGAGACCGAGGGAGAAGAUGAUGACGACUUUGAGGAUGUUCCCAUCGAGGGAUUGAAUAGGCUACCGAAGCCGUCAAGCAGAGGCGCUGAAGCUGUGGGUGAUGAAGAGUCGCUGUUUGUGGAUGGUGACGUGUCGUUCGAUGACUUUACUGAGAAGGGUCCCGAGCCAAGAGCGCAUUCUGAAGAAGAAGAAGAAGUAGAAGACAUACAACGGGCAAUCGCUUUGUCACUCAAGAACCAGCAUGAAAUCGAUGGCGAGCGCCAAGUGGAUGAUGAGGUCUUCGACGAAGUCGACAGGCUCACCCCAGAGUGGACGCAAAAAGCAGUACCGGAGUCGAACCCACUCACGAGCACGAGUGGUCGCAUGGUAGCGCACAUUGUCAACAACAGGUCCAAUGCAGCGGUACCCAAGCGCCGCGAGAGUGACGCAAGUAGCAGCGAGAGUGAAUUGGAUUUUCAAGCCGCGUUGCUUGCUGCCAGAAAACGGAAGGCGGCCGAGCCAAAGCCUGCUGCCCCGAAAAACCUGAAGAAUCCCUUUGACGGACCGUUGCCUUUUCCAAAACUCGAGGGCUUCUCGCUCUUCCCCAACAAGUCCCAGCAAGCGGCAGCAGCGAACAAAAUCGAUCCCGACGCCCAACCAACGCAAUCAGCCGCCGAAACGGGGCUGGGGCACGACGAUGCUACCCUUGAUGAUUUGGCAGGUGGAUUUGAGAGAGAACCGGACAAAGAUGCGCCGAGUAGCUUACCUCCAUGGAUGACGGACCAUACGGACAUCCGGGAGACAAUGAAGAAGCAAAAAGAGUUUGAAGCUGAGAUCAACGCGGAGGAUCGAGAAACUGCUUUGGAGGAAGAAAUGGAGUUUCAACGACAGCGUAAAGUCGACACCAUCGAAAUCGAAUCAUCGUCUGACGACGAUAGCGAGGUCGAAAUCUUGGAUACGGUACCCCUUUCUCGUGCAGGAACCUAUACAGACGAAAGAAACACCACCAACUUGGAGCCGCCGAGUGAGGGGGAGGCGCUUUCCGAGGUGCCGACGCGUAAAGAGGACAGCACAAUUGUGGAGCCUUCUCCUUCGCCAUCUCCCGAGCCGGAGUUUGAGGAUAUCCAAAUCCCCGGUCAAGAGUCUGAGCAGGAUGAAGUCACGGUGACCGAGUUGCCAGACUCCUCGCCCGAGCCGGAAAUGGAGGAUGUUAACAUGGGCCCGCCGACGCCCCAAUCGGCGGAUGAUUCAUUGCAAGUCUCGCUGGAACAUGCAACGGUUUCACGGCCUGCGGAAAACCCUGCCAAUACCCAGCAGGAGUUGAAUGACAAAGCGUACGACGACUUGUUCGGGGACAGUGAUGUUGAUGAAUACAGCGACCCCGAAGAUGAGGAGCUGUUUGCGAACCUGGCAAAGGAGGCGGAGGAACAUGCCAGGUUCGCGAGCUCGCUCAACAACAAGUCGGAAAAGGAGAACCGCGAAGCGUACGAAAAGGAGCUCAGGGCCCUUCGCACGCAGCAGAAAAAGGACCGCAGGGAUGCCGACGAAGUCACACAGGUCAUGAUCACGGAGUGCCAAAAUCUGCUUCGUCUCUUCGGGAUCCCCUACAUCAUGGCUCCGAUGGAAGCGGAAGCACAGUGCGCCGAAUUGGUCCACCUCGGGCUUGUGGACGGCAUUGUGACGGACGACUCGGACAUUUUCCUGUUCGGCGGCACUCGUGUCUACAAGAACAUGUUCAACGGCAACAAGCUAGUCGAGUGCUACCUCGCCUCCGACCUGGAGAAAGAGCUGUCCCUCUCGCGCGAACAGCUCAUCUCCAUCGCGCUCCUCCUGGGGUCGGAUUACACGGACGGACUGUCGGGGGUCGGUCCGGUCACGGCGCUCGAGAUCCUGUCCGAGUUCCCGCCAUCAGAGGGCGGCCUCGCGGCGUUUCGCGACUGGUGGGCGGAGGUGCAACAGCAGCGUCGGAGCAAGGAGGAAGACGCCUCUAACCCGUUCCGGCGCAAGUUUCGCAAGAGCAACGCGACGAAGCUGUUCCUGCCGGUAGGGUUUCCGAACCCGGCCGUGCACGAGGCAUACCUUCAUCCACAGGUGGACGACACCCCGGAGGCAUUCCAGUGGGGUGUCCCGGACCUGGAGGGGCUUCGGCGAUUCCUCAUGUCCACGAUCGGGUGGAGCAAGGAGCGUACCGACGAAGUGCUGGUGCCGGUGAUUCGGGACAUGAACCGUCGAGACGUGGAAGGGACGCAAUCUAACAUCACGAGAUACUUCGAAGGAGGUGUCGGGGUAGGUGCGAAGGAGGCGUUUGCGCCGCGGCAGAGGGCAGCCAAGACGAGCAAGAGAAUGACACAGGCGGUGAACAAACUGCGAGCCAAUGCGGGUAUCAACUCGUUGGCCUCUGGCGACACCUCUGGCGAGAUUGCCGGGUCGGAACCCACCACUACAGGGCCCAGGACUGAAGGGAAGCGAAAGCGGGAUGGACAGGCUACGGGGGGUGAUGAUGGUGUGGACGAGUUUGCAGAUGGUAACGGGCCUGAAGAAGAAGAUGGAGAUGGCAACGUUCAAGGUAGGGCGGUGCGGUCUGGACGUCGGGGAAAGAAGGCCAGGAUAUCGGCACAUCAUUGACCUUUGGUCCGUCCAGUGGGCUGAUUUGGCGUUGACAUUGGCGUUGACAUUGGCAUGGGCAGCACGAAUUGCUUAAAAAUCGGGAAGCACAUCCAUGGUAAGCCGGGUUGGCUGGCCCUGGCACAGAAAGACUGUUGCAGAGUAUCCUACUGUCAUAUGCCUCUGAUGAUGUUUAAAGGAACGAACACCUCCGUCGAGCGGUAAUUACUGGCAUUGGCAGCCAUGUUCCUUGACCGUGAUGCUGUGAUUGAAGACAUGACCUCUGCGAGGCCGUCUAUCUCGGAGCGAGAGGGAGAGGGAACGACGGAGAGACGCGUGUAGGGACGG